UAAGAGCAAAGAAAGGGGAAUACUUUUCGAAGGUAAAGCAGAUUAAUGAGGAAGACAAAAAGAUUAGAGAAAAAUGAAACGACCCCGUCUUUGUUUAGUUAUUUUUACCGCUAUUUUUUCGCCCAAGGUAAAAUGAGCACAGGAUCGUCGAAAGAAAGAGAACAAAAAGAAAGGAUUCUUCAUCUUCGCCGCGUUCAUGACACAGUGUAUCUGGCUUCACGUGUCGUUAUUCUACGCUGAUGAAUAUUUACUCGCGACGAUUGCCAAAAUAGACAACUGUCACGCUGGCCACUUACCUACAGCUGGAUGUGUGAAAAUUCUUGGCAACUGUUUUACUGAAAACAGAUCGAAACUCGUGCCGAGAAUUUCGCAAAAUUGAUGUCGUGGGUCUGACCGAGAGAAGGGAGAGGCCUGUGUUUGGGGAGAAGGUGAAAGUGAGAACCGUUCACGAACAUAACCUAAGAAUAGAUUGCAUGCGCGGCUGUGGCAGAUUUCUCGGAAUUUACAACAAUGCAACAUUGCUUUUAAACAUUUCUUUGAUAUGAUCUUCUCAGCGAGUUGUCAUCUUGAUGAAUGACUUAUCAGAAACGGAGGUAAGAACGAGAAAAUAUGGAGACUUGCAACGAAGGGGGCGACCGGACCCUAACUGACACUGCGAUAUCGCAAAAAAGUUGGUCAGAAUUGAGAGGUGUUGUCAGUGAUUUACGUAGAAAAUUGUCCAGUGUGUCUGUAGGCUCUGUGCCUGGAUCUAUAACGUUUCGCUCGUUACCAGAUGGACGGACCAGAAUAUAUUUUCUUAGUAGUCCGAGCAAUGGAUGGGAAACUACGUUACUAUUUGUGGAUAUUGCACAUUCAGAUCAUGCGAAUGGCUAUCGCCUUCACUGGCAACCCAUCAUAGAAGCAAAUUUUCAAACUGUUUCAAGUACCAAAAGGCUAUCAAGGGAAGAACAAUUAUUAUGGGAAAGAAAAAGAUUAGCUACGUGGGGUAUCACUAGCUACGAGAUUCACUUAGAUAGUGGAAAAUUAGUUUUUCCAGCUGCGAGCAGCCUUUAUCAAUGCAUAGACACAGGAUUCAUGGCUGGACCUCUUUUUCCAUCUGAAAUUCGUAUGUCAACACCAGGUGCAAAACUAUGUCCACAAAUCUGUCCAUGGAACAAUGCGUUAAUUGCUCAUACGUGCUCUGGCGAUCUGUACCUAUCUCAUAGUAUCACAGGUUCUUCUGUAAGAUUAACUCAUGCAAGAAAAGGCGUCAGAAAUUUAGCAAAUGAUCCUCUCACAGCAGGAACUCCUUCUUAUGUAAUGCAAGAGGAAUUUACUAGAUAUACCGGUUAUUGGUGGCAGCCGAAUUCCAAUGAUGGUAUCUAUAGAAUAGUAUACGAAGAAAUUGACGAGAGCGAUGUAAAAAUAUUUUGUUUCCCAUCAACAUCAAAUUCCGAAGAUAUUGAUGAAUUCAGAUUUCCUAGAGCUGGUACUCCUAAUGCGAGAAGCAAUCUUAAGAUGGUACAAUUUCGAUUAACAGAAACAUUACAAAUUGUUGAUAUUGAAAUAUUAGAACUUCAAUAUCCGUUACAUAUUAUGUUUCCAUGGAUGGAGUACAUGGUAAGGGUAGGCUGGACUCCCGAUGCGCAAUACGUUUGGGUACAGUUGUUGGACAGAAAACAACAGAGGCUGGAAUUAGUUCUAUUAUCGAUAGAUAAUUUUUGCGAACCACCACCUAAUGUAUAUAAUUCAGAAAAUCACUUUACACCAUCAUCGGCGAGUGUUCAAGUAAUAUAUUCCGAACAAAGUUCAAUUUGGAUCAAUGUUAACGACCUUCUUUAUUUUUUACCAUCCGACGAUCCAACGGAAGUAAAAUUUAUUUGGGGCAGCGAAGAAUCGGACUUUAGACACCUGUAUCUUAUUACGUCUAGCAUAGCAGGUUUAAAUAACGAAGUGGAAGAACCAUUGGAUAAAAUGGAUAGUAUUUUUUUGCAACCUCGAGUUACUUCUAAAGUUGCUUUGACCCAAGGAGAUUGGGAAGUUCUGGGUAAAAAAUUAUGGGUAGAUGAACUCAACUCUAUUGUUUAUUUUUGCGGUUUACGUGAAGGUCCAUUAGAGCAGCAUGUUUAUGCUGUAUCUCUUCGUCGUCCGUUGGAAGUAAGGUUGCUUACCAGGCCAGGCUACAGUCACAACAGUAUAUAUUUUAAUAAGGAAUGCACGAUGCUAGUGACUGUUUAUAGUUCCAUCAAGACGUUACCAACUUGUCAAGUAUUUAAAAUAUCACAAUCAGAUUGGACGGUAGAAAGCAUUUCUCUAACGCCUGUGGGUUAUUUAUUAGAACCAUCCGCUCUCGAAUCCGAAUUAUUUGCUCCAGAAAUUUAUACACAUAAAAUAUCAUCCAAUGAUACUCUUUAUUCAAUGAUCUUUAAACCACAUAACUUUCAAAAUGGUGUAAAAUAUCCUACGAUAUUGAACGUGUACGGUGGUCCUGAAGUACAAUUAGUAUCGAAUACGUUCAAAGGAAUGAGGCAUUUAAGAAUGCACAUGUUAGCUGCUCAAGGCUAUUGUGUAGUAUUAAUCGAUUCCCGUGGUUCGCAUCACAGAGGUUUAAUAUUUGAAAGUCAUUUGCAACAUAGAAUGGGAACUGUCGAACUAAAUGAUCAAGUGGAAGUACUAAAAUGGUUAGCGGAAACUACUGGUUACAUUGAUUUAAAUCGUGUGGCAAUUCACGGCUGGUCUUACGGAGGAUAUUUAAGUCUUAUGGGCCUAAUACAAUAUCCAGAAAUAUUUAAGUUAGCUAUCGCCGGUGCACCAGUUACUUCUUGGAAUUUUUAUGAUACUGGGUAUACCGAACGGUACAUGGAUUUACCACAAGAUAAUCCUCAUGGAUAUAUGUCUGGUUCAAUUUUGACCUAUGUGGAUAAAUUUCCCGAUGAAGAAAAUAGAUUAUUAAUCAUUCAUGGUCUCAUAGACGAAAAUGUGCACUUUUUUCAUACAAGUCAGUUGAUUAAUGCACUUGUAAAGUCUGGGAAACCAUAUCAAUUGCAAGUUUACCCCAAUGAAAGACAUAGUCUCAGAAGUCUGGAUGCUAGUAAACAUUACGAAACUACGUUGCUAUCGUUCUUACAGAAUCAUUUAUAAAUUUAUUACUCUUAUUCAGGUACAUAUAUAAUUACAGCGGUAAAUGCUGAUUUAAACAUUUUAACAAUUUAAUUGACUGCCAUUACGUUUAUGUAUAUAGAUUGAAUAAAUUAAAAAUUAUUUUUCGCGUCGUGUUCGCGAUGGUGUUGCCUAAUGCAAAUCUAACAUUCUGUAUGAAGACUCCGAAAUCAUUACUUAAACAGUAUUAUAAUUUUACUACAAGAAGUUAAAAUAAAACAAUAAUUAAAAAUUUUAUGCAUAUAUGGAGAAUAAUAUUUCUUUUUCCGUUUAUAAAAACAAAAAAAGAACAUACAUAAAUAUUAAUAACACAUUCGGGUAUACGGCCAUCGCGAAACUUGUGCUAAACGCAAUUUGCAAUAUAAAUUUUUGCAAUUGUAAGACUUAUUGUUACUUU